CGCAGUCAAAGCAGUUCUUCAGAGGGUACAAUCAGAAACCGGCCCUCUUUCGAUUCCGUUCUCCGAAUUGCCAUAGGAGGCGGGAUCCAAGCCGAUUUAUAUCGGCCCGGGCGGACAUCGUGGGAGUCCAUCUGUUUUUAGACGAGAUUGGCAACUCCCAGCGUACAUCUGGCGUACACUCAUCCCCGGCGACCGGUUGCCAGACCAUCCGUCUUCGCCCUUGGCAAGUCCUCCAUUGACAUGGUGGAGGACAAUGAAGAUGAUAGGCUCAGCAUUUUGCCUGAUGAUGUUUUGCUCAACAUUGUUGAGCGACUUGAUAUUGCUGACGCCGCAAGAACCACCAUCCUCUCCAGACGUUGGAAGCAGAUCCCUGCAAUGCUGUCAAAAGUUGUUAUAAUGGCUGGUUCUUUUGAGCCCAAGCACACUGCAAGCAAGUUGACUUUAGAUGAUAUAAUUCGGUUCAACACCACCGUGCUGGAAGCAACCAGGAGCAUACUGGAAAGGAGGGCUGGAACUUUAUACACCAUUCACCUGUUGCGCAUGCAAUUCUACUUGGGAGAUGAGUCCAUUUUCAUUGGCCAGGCUGUUGCCAACACCAUAGCAACACAAAAGGUUGCUUCAAUUGAGUUUACAAUCUUGACGAAGGUGCGUAAAAAUUGUACCAAUGAUGACCUACUCACAUAUGGGAGGCAGUUCAUGUCAUUCUUUGAUUCGUGUCCAAACACAUUUGGUUGUCUUGCACGCCUCACGCUAGAGAAUUUGAGGUUAGGAGAAUCAGACUUCCCCAAAAUUUUCAGUAUAUGCAAGCAACCGGAGUUCCUCAUCCUCUACGACUGUGACAUGGGUAUUCAGUCUUCGCUGGAAGUGGAACACCCACAACUAAGUGAACUAGCGAUUGUCUGUGGCUGUUUUAAAAGGGUUCAUCUGAAGUGGGCACCAAAACUCACAAUACUGAAAUUCAAUUUUAGAUCUCAAGAUGACCCCUUCUGUCUUGGCUAUGUCCCACUGCUCCAGACUGUGAGCAUCAUCAAUACUGCUUUCUCCUGGCACAAGAUGCUCAAGUUAAGCGAGUUGCUUGGUAAAACUGCCAUAAGCAACCUACAUUUGAACUCCAAAAGCGAAAAGAUUUGGGUCAAACCGGAAGGUCGAAGACAAUUGUUACCGGUGUUCCACAAACUUAGAAUUGUGAAUUUGCUUAACAUAUCUGCAGAAUGUGAUCUGACUUGGACAAUGUUCUUACUCCAAGGUGCACCCAACCUUAAGGAACUACGCAUCUUGGUGCUGGAUCAUUUAUGUGAAAUGGUAACAGGGGAGUUGAGGAAGAUGUGUCCAUUUAGCGAGGAGAAGGACAAGGGACUACAGUGGGAACCAUUUGCAUCCGAUUUAAAGCACCACAACCUUGCUAAGCUCAGUAUCUAUGGGAAUUUUCAAGCAGAAGACAAGUUCGUGAGCUAUGCCAGAAGUGUCAUGGAAGCAGCAGUGAAUUUGGAGGAGAUAAAACUAUAUAAGAGUCCAGUGUGUCGGAAGUGCAAGCACAUGCUUCAGGAGUGGACACUGGAGGAGAAGUCAUCGCUUAGCUACAAAAUCAACAACGGGAUGCCCUCGCUAGUCCGGAUUCACUUCCCGAGUUUAGGGCAAGUCUUAUAAACAAUAAUGCUCGUGGGCUGCAAGCUGCAGUUGACAGAAACUGUUGUAUGCAUGGAUUGAUUGUUGCUGUUGAACCUUUUCAGUUAUGUGUAUUGUUAAGAUGGUACGAGUCGAGGAGGGUAAGGUGUAUU